CAAAUAAAUCAUGAUAUAUGAUUGGUCUGCAUGUUAUAGGUUAUUUUGUAGACAAAUAAAACCUAGCAAAAAUGUGCACUUUUCAAGUGCAAAAGUGUGACAUUUCCAACAGGUGAUAUGAUACUGGUUUUUUUUACAUUUAUUUAAUCUCCCAGUACAGUUUAAAUGUGUCAUUUUGCCAGAGCAGUCAUGUAUAAACACAUACACUGUAAAAAAAAAUCACAAACACGAGUGUACAAUGAAGAAUAAUCAUUUGAAGAUGAUCUUACGUUCACAUCUCUCCGUGUCCUUUUUAAACCAUUACUACAAGUUACCAGUUCUCUUACCAUGCCGUGGAUAUAGUAGCAUAUUUUGUGCACGUAAUGUUGAAAUCAUCUGACAUAACAUAUUUUGAAAUGAUUUAGUGCAAAACUGUUACGUAAACAUAUUUUUUGAAGUCAUCUAUAUCUCGUACACACUUCGUGUCCUCAGCGAUACGAACAUAAGAUGCGGUGCUAACGCUGCUUUACGAAACAAUAUUUGCUAGCUUUACAUCUCCAAUGAAAACAACAUCACGUGACUGCUUUGACACUGCAGCGUUCUUCAUCGCUGAUCACUCGGGCAUUGUAAACGGACCAUGGAUGCGUUGGUGUCCCGUCUCCGGCCGCGACGGGACGAACGUAAGGAAGAGGUUCCACCAAUCGUUCGACAAAAAAAGAAAACAAAUGCACAAUACCAAAAAGAUUUUCGCGAGAGAAUGAAAAAAGAUGUUGCUGUAUAUAAGAGCUACAGGGCAUAUGAAAGUCUUCGUAUACAGGCUUUUCGUGCAUCAAUGACAGAAGAACAAAAACAAAAAUAUAAUGAAAAGGCAAGAAUUCGCAAUCAGAGGUACAGACAGAAAAAAAAGUCAGAACCAGGCUUCAAUAUAUAUAUUACAAAUAAACGGGCAUACACAAGAAAUGCUACAGAAAAACAGAGAGAGACUUGGAAAAAAGUCAAGAGAGAUCAAAGAAGUAACAUGAGUGCACAGAAAAGGAGGAGGGUAAAUGAGAGACGAAGAGAGUUAUAUGCCUUAAAGAAGCAAGGAAAAAAAGCAGUUUCCAACGCAUCGUCAUCUUCACGAAGUUCAAGUUCAAAUACAUCUGUCGUUCCAUCUGGUGGAUUCCCAUCUGCAGCUGCUAAGCGAAAGGCUAUUUCUAGGUCACUGCGAAUACUCCCCACAGAUGCAAAUAAGUUUGCGGAUGUUGUAUCCAGUAUCAUCGCAAAAACUACACCAAAUAAAAAAGCUGCCCUUAUGAAAAAGUGCAUUACAUCCCCAGGUGCAAAGAAACGGUUAGACUACCUUGAAACAACACAGAUGGGCAUUAGGGACAAAAUUGAAGAAUUGAAAUGUAGAAGAAACUCCAAGGACAACAGGCUGCGACGCAUUCUACACAGUGCACUGCUUGCGAAAGGGAGAGUAAACAAAAGAAUCAAAACACAAUUUCAAAUAAGCAGAAAAUUGGCGACACAGUAUGAAAAAAAUAAAGAUCUUGAAGUGAGGAGAAAAGAGCGAAAAGACACAUUACCAAUUGAAGUUGUCAACACAGUGGAAAACUUUUAUGGCAAAAUGUAUAUCUCAAGAGAGCUACCAAAUCAGAGAUCGGUCAAGAAGGAUUUGUCGGUAAGGAAAGCACUGGAAUGUUCUCUGAAGACAACAUACACCAAAUUCACUGAGGAAAACCCAGACCAGCAGAUUUCCUACAGCAAAUUUGCCAGUCUGAAACCAGAUAAUGUACUCCCAAUGACAAAAAACAAAUAUUUACAGUGUUUAUGCGAGUAUUGUAUAAAUAUUGAUUUUAAAGUGAAAAGCUUGAAGUGUUUUUGUGUCCAGAAGAAGAUACCUGUUGUUGCAAGUGACCGGUAUGAGAUGUCCCGUAAUACUCUAUGCCCAAAAGAGGGUGAAUAUUAUCAAAAACAUUGCAUCGACAGAGAGUGUGAAAAAUGUGGCAUUGACAAGUUUGGGGAUAUUCUUGCCAGGCAAUUUCAAGACUUUUCGGACAAUCAGACAAUAUCGUGGCAGAAGUGGGAACAGGACGAAAAAACAACAGUUGUCAAUGGGAAUCCUGUUUCAAAAAAGUACAUGGCCUUGAAAUGCAAGACUGGAUUGGUUGAGGAAUGUCUGGAUGAGUUGAAAAAACAACUUGUUCCCUUUUCAAAACAUCUUUUCAAUGCAUUUUGGCAGACAAAGGAGUUUGAAUAUUUGAAAACAAAUAUUCCUAACAAAUGGAUGCUCAUGUGCCUGGAUUUUGCAGAAAAUUAUUGCUGUCGUCACCAAGACGAGGCACAAAGCGCACACUGGACAUAUGAACAGGUGACUAUUCAUCCUAUUGUCGCUUAUCAUCGAUGCCCAGUCCAAGACUGCAAUGAGUCAAUGCAUCAUUCCUUGGUGUUUAUUUCAGAAGAUCAUAAGCAUGAUUACCACUUUGUACAACAUUCAGUAACAAAAGCAAAUGAAUUUCUGAUGCAAAGUGGUCUGGAAAUUGAAAAAGAAAUUCACUACUCUGAUGGGGCACCUUCUCAAUACAAAUGCAAAUACAACUUCAUGGAUUUGUCAUCUAGCCAAGAUGAUUUUGGAUUUGGAACGGAAAAGCAUUUUUUCGGUUCGCGUCAUGGGAAGGGGCCAUGCGAUGGUGAGAUAGGCGUCAUCAAACGUAGUGCGUCCCUGGCCGUGUCUUCACGUAGAGCUGUCCUAUCAAACGCAACAGAUUUUUACAACUUUGCCAAGAACAACUUAUCAAUCCCAAAGGAAGAAAGUAGCCACUGUCACAAGAAAAGAUCAUUUUUCUUUGUGAAACAUAAUGACAUCAACAGAAAUCGCAAUAGCAGAAUGGAAAACCUGAAAACGUUAAAGGACUCCAGGUCACUGCAUUCUUUUAGGGGUAUCCAGUCAGGCAUUGUAACAUCAAGAGAAAGAAGUUGUUUUUGUAAAGAGUGUGUGGGGCCACAGAAUGAGAUGGGGGUGUGUCAGCAUCAGAAUCUCACUGGCACUUGGAAAAUCAGCAAUCUGAAGACCAACCCCAGGAAUGGUGCCCAGCGAGGAGCAAGAGGUGCGUAUCGAGCAAGAGGGGCCCGGCGAGGAGCUAGAGGGACACGGCGAGAAGUGACAGCAGGAAGUGACACCAAUAGUGAAAGUGAAUAUGAUGUAGACAUGACAGAAUGUGAAAGAACAAGAGGUGCCCGGCGAGGAGCAAGAACAAGAGGUGCCCGGCGAGGAGCAAGAGCAAGAGGUGCCCAGCAAGGAGCAAGAACAAGAGGUGCCCGGCGAGGAGCAAGAGCAAGAGGUGCCAGGCGAGGAGCAAGAGGUGCCCAGCAAGGAGCAAGAGCAAGAGGUGCCCAGCAAGGAGCAAGAGGGACACGGCGAGAAGUGACAGCAGGAAGUGACACCAGUAGUGAAAGUGAAUAUGAUGAUGUAGACAUGUCAGAAUGUGAAGAUGAAAUCAUACCAGAGUCAGACCAUGGAACGUCGCAAGAUUUAGAUGAUCCUGUUGGUCAUCAAGAAACAAGUUUUACAAGUGACAGGGAUGCAUUGGAAAUUCUAAAUAUUGAAGUACCUGUGUUGUUUGACAAUGAAACUGAUGAAUCCUACUGUGUCGACAUGACAAGUGCUGUAUUGGACUUCCUCAAUUCCAGCCUCAUUGAAGAAAAGGAGCCACCAGCCAUGAUGAAUGAUGACGGGCAGCCUCCAGUGAAAUCUAUCCACAGCCUCAUUGAUGAAAAUGAGCCACCAGCCAUGAUGAAUGAUGACGGGCAGCCUCCAGUCGAGUCUAUCCACAGCCUCAUUGAUGAAAAUGAGCCACCAGCCAUGAUGAAAGAUGACAGACAGCCUCCAGUGAAAUAUAUCCACAGCCUCAUUGAUGAAAAUGAGCCACCAGCCUUGAUGAAUGAUGACGGGCAGCCUCCAGUGAAAUCUAUCCACAGCCUCAUUGAUGAAAAUGAGCCACCAGCCAUGAUGAAUGAUGACGGGCAGCCUCCAGUCGAGUCUAUCCACAGCCUCAUUGAUGAAAAUGAGCCACCAGCCAUGAUGAAUGAUGACGGGCAGCCUCCAGUGAAAUCUAUCCACAGCCUCAUUGAUGAAAAUGAGCCACCAGCCAUGAUGAAUGAUGACGGGCAGCCUCCAGUCGAGUCUAUCCACAGCCUCAUUGAUGAAAAUGAGCCACCAGCUAUGAUGAAUGAUGAGAGGCAGCCUCCAGUUGAGUCUAUCCACAGCCUCAUUGAUGAAAAUGAGCCACCAGCUAUGAUGAAAGAUGAUGGGCAGCAUCCAGCUGACUCUAUUUCGACCCCAGUUACAGGGUUAUUGAUAUGCAGCCAGAUAAACUGCUGUGGAUACAGUUCUUUGAAAAGAAGGGGAAGAAAUCAAAAUGGACCCUUAAUUCCAAAAAGUUUUGUGCUGUUGUUAACGACAUUGUCAGAGUUAUUCCAGCCCCUGAUCUCGUAUGGGAAGGAGGCAGUCGAUUUUACUACACAUUUUAAGUGUCGGCCAAAAUUGGAAUUCGGGAAGGAGACUGAAUUUUGUUAUAAAUAAUUUUCAAGUAUCCUGCCUGCUGUAAUUUCUACUUCUUGUACAUCCUACCAAAAUUUCUGUUAGCCAUGCAAAAUGAAUCUCUCUUGUCAGUUACGCCACCUGAUUGAUUUAUCCAUGGUUUGUUGAUACAGCAUAACACAAUGCAAGUCAUGUUUUUUUAAGGUAAAAGAAAAAUCAUUUGCAAACAUGUAACUAUCUAUCAUAAAGACUUUAUUAAUAAUCAUAUAAACAUCAAUGAAUUAUAAUUCCUUUCAUUCAAAAUGUAAUAUUAUUGGUUCUUUCAUUCAAAAUGUAAUAUUAUUGGAACCAAAAUUUAAUGUAACGGACUGUCAUGGUCACUGAUUUCAAAUAUUUUGAAAAGCAUACACUUUUUUUUGAAAACUUUAAUAAUGGUGUUUGUGAUCAUUAUUUUUGUUUGUUGAUCACUUUCUAUGACUUGCCAUUAAUCCAUGAAGAUUACUAGAUGUUUGUUUGUGACAGACAUUCAAAAACUUCACAAAAUAAUUUGUCAUAAAUUCUAGUGUGACUUUUAGUGGAGAAUGUUGAUUAAGUUUCAAUCUUACGUAAGUAAUGGUGUCCAAAUUUACCAUUUGUGUCCCAGUUACUUACAUAAGAAUACUAAUUUACAACUGAAAUGAUAUAAUAGUAACAACCAAAUGAUAUGGGAAAGAUGUACACUUUGUAUUCAUUGGAUUAAUCAAAUAAUAUAUAGACUUGAAUGAAGAUAGAAGCGCCAUAUUCAAAAUAAAUAUUCAAUCUUAUGUAAGUAAUGGUGUCCAAAUAUUUUUAUCUGAUAAUUUUUUUUGUUUUAACAUUGAACUUUUUAGAAAUAGUUUUGCCUGAGUAUAUAGAGACUGAGUUAUAAUAUACAUUAUGUAAAUAACAAUUUAGUUUUUACUUUUAAGGUCUAGUGUGCUUUCUUGGACACCAUGUUACUUACGUAAGGAUUCAUGUGGCUUCAAUGAAUUGGUAGAUGAGGCUAAAACGAUCCAUUGUAUUAUCUCGCAGCAUUUAAUUCUUGAAUUGUACAUAUGUCAACUACAUAAAACUACAAUCUGUUCUAAAAUAAAUUCAUUUUGAAAAUUC